UUCCAUUUCUCGGCGCAUGUCAAGCAACUCGAGCACGAGCAGUGGAUCCGCCGAAUGGUGCUCACCAGAGCUGCUUGAGGGCCUGACCAUCAACGCCACAGCCAACAGUACCACGUGUGGAACCGCCGACACGAUUGCCGUCGACUCGAAUGCCCAACAGUCCAUCAACUUGUGGACCGAAGGAUGCAACGCGACAUCUCCUGCGACGGCAAUGCCGUGUCGGCUCGAAGCGUGCACACGUCUACAGGACUCUAUUCGAAGGCUACCGCUCAACGUGUCGAGCUGCAUGCUCGUGAACGGCACAAGAUUGAUCGACUACCGAUGGUACUUUGCUCCCCAUGUGUCACCGUCACCGUCGCCUGCUUCCACAUCGCCCGAUAUCACGUUACCACGAGUCGACAGUAAGGUCACGAUUUCGACUGAAGUUCCAUCCAGCGCCGCUCAAGCAUACCCAUUCACGACAAGUGAACGAGAAUCGUCUGUGGAGAUCACGUCCCCCGUGUCAAAACUGACGUGGUUCUCGGCCAACAGCGUCUGGAUUGCGGCGAGCAUCGUGGGUGCCAUGACGCUCUUUGUUCUCGUAAUUCUAUUUAUCCAUCGGCGGCGGCACCACAGCGCCACAAAACCCCCGCCACCAACCGACUUUUCAGUCUACUAUCCCGUUGCCAACAGUCCCGUACCGUCGGACGCCGUCGCCAAGAAGCGAAAGUUUCCGGUACCGUCGACGCCAGACCAAAUCGAGCUUGACGCGACGAUGAUGAAGCUUGGCGUUACCCGCAUUGACCAUCGCGAAGUCAUUCGAGAACAGUUGCUUGGUGCAGGCGCAUUUGGCGAAGUCUGGCUCGCGACGUAUCGAGGCCGGCAAGUCGCUGUCAAGACUGCGCUCUUAGGUUUCCAAAAUCGCCACAUCCCUCAGUACCGAUUGAGUGAUAUCCAGCACCUCAUCGACGAAAUCAGCCUCAUGUCGAUGUUCAAGUCUCCGUAUGUUGUCGAGUUUGUGGGAGCGUCGUGGAAGCGCGUCGGCGACCUCGCCUGCGUCAUGGAGUACAUGAAUCAAGGCGACCUGCGGGACAAGCUCGAAUCGACGACUCGUGCAACGUUUUCGUGGACUGACAAGGUGCAGUGCAUGCUGAGCAUCGUCGAAGGCCUCGUGUAUGUGCAUUCGUUCGACAUUAUCCACCGAGACCUCAAGUCGCGAAACGUGCUGCUCGAUUCCACACAUGGCACGAAGCUGACUGACUUUGGGAUCGCGCGAGAAGACACCCAAGACACGAUGACGAUGGGCGUCGGAACGUACCGAUGGAUGGCUCCGGAGCUGCUGCAGGACAGCCACUACACCGUCGCCGCCGACAUGUACUCAUUCGGCGUGCUCGUGUCCGAGCUCGACACUCAUUGCAUUCCGUAUUCGGACCAGACCAACGUCAAGGGUCGCCCACUCGCCGACACCACCAUCAUGGCCCAAGUGAUGUUGGGAACGGUGAAGCCGACGUUUUCCGUCGAGAGCCCAACGUGGGUGCGAGACCUCGGGAUGCAAUGCCUAUCCCACGACGCUGCGGCGAGGCCCACGGCGAUACAGGUGUCGAUGAUUCUCCGACAACAAAUGAAGCUCCUAGUUAUUUAAAGUCACAAACGGUCCUGGUUACAUCGUGAGGAGGAACAAGUUGCUGCCACAGCGCUGCAAACUCGUCGCUUGUAUUCGACGGCAAGUGAGCGACGACCCGCAUGCCUGACGUUGG